AUGUUGGCGGCGGCGGCAGCGGUGCCCCAAACUCUGACUAGUCCCCAAAACAAUAAACAAACGGCCACGAACGAGAACAACAGCUUCGCUCGGCGGCGGCGGCGGCGACUCCGACACGGCGGCGCGGCUGACGGAGACUACUCAGCUGCAAGGCUUCGUGAAAUGAUUAAGAGAAAGUCUCCUAAAUGCAAAAGGAAAAAACCUAAGAAGAGAGAAGAUGAGAUUGGAUGUAGAAGGUCAAUGCGAUUGCUAAAAGUAGAACCUUCAGAAAUUUCAUUUUUACCACCUCCAGUAAAGACAACAGUAGAAGAAGAAGAAGAAGAAGAUCCUUUGUUACCUCCUGGACCUUUAGAUAUGAUUCCUGAAAAUGAAGAUGACAAUCAACUGUUUAAAGGGUUGCUGCAGACCUGGGCAGAAAUGAGCAAGACAUGUAGUAAGAGCUAUCAGAAGGGCUUAUCUAGCAUUAAAAGCUACAAAGCCAAUUUAAACAGCAUGGUCAUCAGAGAAGGUACAGUUCGUAAACUUGUUGAUGGGUCCAUAUUCUCUGUGGCUGUGCACCCAUCAGAAACAAGAAUUUUAGUAGCAGCUGGGGCCAGAACUGGGCAGAUUGGAAUUUGGGAUUUGACCCAGCGAUGUGAAGAAGGUGGGAUGUUCCGUUUUUAUCCCCACAGUCGGCACGUAAGCUGCAUGUACUUCUCACCCGCCAAUCCAGCCCACAUCCUGUCCCUGAGCUAUGACGGCACUGUGCGAUGUGGGGAUUUUUCCAGUGCUGUUUUCGAAGAGACCAAGACAACCAUGUUAGUCUCUUCUUGGUGUUUGUUUUUCAGCGUGUUUGACAGCAGCUGCAUCUCCUCCCAGGUUCCUCUCCUCACCACCAUCAGACACAACACCAUCACUGGACGAUGGCUGACAGGAUUCCAAGCCAAGUGGGACCCUAAACAAGAAGACUGUUUCAUGGUUGGCAGCAUGGCCUAUCCACGUCAGGUCAACAUCUUCCAUGAGACCGGGAAGAUGGUGCAUUCCUUCUUUGGAGAAGGCCUUGCCUCUGUGUGUUCCAUCAAUGCCAUGCACCCUACUCGGUACAUUCUGGCUGGAGGUAACUCCAGUGGGAAGUUACAUGUGUUUAUGGAUUAGGAAAGCUGCCGAGUUCCUGGGCUGCAGGACUCCUGCAGCCCAGACGGCAGGUGCUUUGCUACAGCUUCCUUCCUGCUGCAGAGGAGGACCCUGGGGGGCAGCACUCGAUAG